AUGGGGCGCGCAGCAAACAAUUUGACUCUGAUCAUCCGAAUAUGGCUGGCUGUAAUUAUCUUCCAGUACGGUCACAGCGAGAAUGUCGAGCCGAGGGCACUAGAAUUAUCAGUACCAUGGCGACCGAUACCGUAUCAUGUGCCCCAACAGCAGCUCCAGCAAUCACAGCAACCGCAGCAGCUGAUCAGCGUUGCCAGCUUCGACACGACGAGCAAGGAUGAACUGGUUCAUAUCGCACAGCACAAUGCGCAGAUCCUGAAGCAGUUCAACCAACCGAUCGCCCAGUACAGCCAGCACCCGCAGGGUGGCAUGAAGGUGCAGAUCACGACCCAUCAACAAGCACCCGGACCAAGCCCAGCCGCCUCUGUGCAGCAGCAACAUCAUCAACAUCAUCACCAUCACCUUCAGCAUGGUGCACCUUCCUUCGGCCAUACGCCGGCCGGUCCGCCCAAAUACAUGACGACACCGCUGCUGCAAACGAUCUACCCGGGGGCACCGCACAAGCAGCAACAGUCACCGGCACAGUCCAAACCGUUCGUCAAGUCCGAUCAAAUCACCACGCUCAAUAUGGUGCACAGUUCGACACCGAAGAUCACGGCCGCCAUUUCCACGCACGGUGCGGUUGGUGUCAAGUCGGCCAAGUUCAACGGACAAUUUAGGGACGUUCAACCGACGAUCGUUCAGAAAUCGACGCUGAAACCUCAUCCCGUGAUGAACAAGCUACAGUCCCACCUGGGCAUCACUGGUUUCCGACAGAAACAGCCAGUCGCUACCAGUUCGAAUCGAUUGGAGCAUUUCAUCAAUCCGAAUCAUCUCUACGGGACCUACAUCCAGUUCGGUCAGUCGCCCGCCCUCAGUCCGGCCUCCUUGGCGCCCUCCAAGACGAAGUUCCUUAGCCAGCUGGGCUCUGGAGUGCCAACCUUCGACACGCAAACGCUCAAGAACUUCUUCAAUGCGCCCGGGUACACGCCGAGCGUGGGACAGUUCAAGAAGCUUAACUUCAUCCAACAGCAACAGCAGCUCCAGCAAGGUGCGCCCAGCGGAAAGUUCUCCUUCCCACACUUCAACCAAAUACCCGCAGACCUAGCCGAAUUCCCGAAGAAGUACGUAACGCCUUCAUCGGCGGAAAAGGAACUUACCAAGACCGGUUCGGGUGGACUCGAUUCGACACCACUCUUUCCACAUCUUCCACCGAGCGUACUGACCCCGUUCUUCCAGCAAGUUCAGCAGCAACAGCAGCAGCACAGUUCCUCCUCCAGCUUCAUCUCCGGUAACAAGUACAAUAACUUCAAUCUGAAAACACAGCAUCCGGCACCACCGGUGUCAUCGCCGGCAGGUUCAACCGGUGGGUCUUCCACGAAGCACAGCUUCACGCAGGGACAGUUCCAAUCGGACCGUGAGUCACUCAGCAACUUCGGCAGUCAAGUGUUCGGUGGAGGUGCGUUCAGUGCUUACAGCACCCAGCAACCACUGCCGAUCGAGCAUAAGCCGUACGAAGUACUUAAAUUUAAGGAAUCUCCAGGCAAACAACUCUCGACCAAGUUCAACGAGAUACACGACGAGUACAGCAAGAAUCUGGUCCCACCGCCACCGAGCACCCAGCAGGCAUUCCUGCCAACUGUGCUGAAUCACCUUGCGGAGUCAUCCCCGAGCAAGGACCCGAUUGAAAUUCUGAACAAGUACAACAUCAAUCCUCACUCACCGCUGCAGGACGCUAAUCGGUUUAGUUACGAGUUCCCCCGGCCGACUCCGGUGUCGCAUGCGGCUUCUACCAGUGGUUCCGUACCGACUACCGUCAGUACGACUACCACCACCACCACUACCCAGUUCCCGACGGCAACAACCUUACCAAGGCAGCAGUACUAUCAGCACCAUUACAACCAGUAUCAGUUCCCGGGAGAGCAAAGCUUCCACAACCAUCAGUCCUCCUCGCCUGUCCUGGUCACGCCUGUAAACGAGCUAAGCGAGAACGGUUGGUUCACCAGGGAGAAGUACCUUACGACGGAGAAACCUAACGUCUUCAAGAAUCUAUUCCGCCCGGUGGAGAGUGAAUACAAGCAGCACAAGCUGAUGCAUCCGGCCUAUACUGGGCUGCCACCAAACCGGCGACCCACGGCGACAGCUUCCUCGACUACGACGUCUACCUCUGCCGGUCCCACCACCAACUCUCCGUGGGAUCAAUCGACCGAAGAACCCAUCAUUACGCAUAGCUUCUUCACGAUCGAGGACGCGAUCGCUGAUCCGACGCUGAUCCCGCCGAGGUCCAAAAACAAGUACAAGUACACGACGGACGCCGAGGAGGAGAAUCGACAGGAAGAUCUACAGCUGGAAAUCGUUACCAUUGGACCGUUCUUCGGGUCGGAGGAGUCCCCUAUUCAGCAGGUAGUAACGACACCUGCUCCAACCAGGGCCCAAGGUUCGAAGGGAUCCAAUGGUCAACAACAUCGCCGAAGACGUCCCAAACCACAUCAUCAGAGCAGUACUACGACGGAGUACACCACGGAACAGGAUUCUACGGAAUCGACCACGAACGCCAUCAGCCCAAGCCUCAAUACGGUGGAUAAUCGAAACCGAAAUCGCAUCCGUUUCCGUCCGAAGCCCGUUACCACCGUAAUAUCUCCGAUCGCCGCUAUAGUGGAGACGGAGGCGGCCACCACAAACCUACCGACUCCACCGCCGCUGCCAACCUUCGUGUCUAGCGAGGAGUUUGACGGUGCGGUAAUUAAAAAGUUCCGCAAGAAGCCGCACUUCACGCGCAACCGUUUCAACGUGCUCAACCAGCGAGAAGAGGAGAAAAACUCGGUCCUCGACCAAACGGAACCCUCACUGGCCACGCCAACCUUAACCACGAUUUCCUCCACCAGCACAUCGACGUCUGCGGCCGUUAGUACACCCGCGGAAGCAUUACCUUCGCUUCCAUCCCUCGGUGGAGGCUUCCGAUCACGCUACCGACCAGCGGCUCCACAGCAGAAGGGUAAAGAUUCUCAGGAGGACACUCAACCGAUCAACGGCGAUGGGUUGAAAUUGAACUCUCGUCUCCCGGGUCGACUUCCACCGACGGCAGCAUCGUCCACCGUUGCCACCUCGACUGACUCUGCGGCGGUGGCUCUGUUCAAUUCGGACGAAUCGAACAUAAACUCGUCCGAACCACAGAAUCGAACUCGCGGUGGAGAACAUAACCGGCCGCGCUUCAGCAUUAAGGAGUACCGGAACAAACUGAACCGUACCGUAACGAGCACAGCCGGCCCAACAAGCACCGCUGCAUCUCCAGUGAGUGAUCUUGAAACGACAACCGCACCAAAGCUUCGUUUCCCUACGCGCAAUCGCUUCCUGGUGAACGCACGUCUUAAUAAGACGGUGGAAUCGAACGACAUCGUCCCGACGGGCACCGGCGGUGUCACAACGGAAAAGACGGCCAACGAGACGACGACCAGAAGUUCGUUCAGACCGCACGGUACGCGCACGUACAAUCGAUUCACGGUGAAAAAACCUUCCACGGAAUCACCGCAAACAUCGACGAGCGCUGGCACUGUGACGCGCGGUCAAGCAUCGAACGGAGCUAACCUGGCGACGCGCGGACGUACGAAGACGGCCUACGAUCAGGCAGUGGCUGCCAAUCGUACGCUAGCCGCCGGUACGUACAAUACCACAGCAUCGCUUAUUAACAGACGACCACCGAAGAUCACCUUGCGGCAGCGCAUUCAGAACUACAACCGUAAGAAGGAGAUGGAACAGACCAACACAGCAGCUGGCGCUGCAAAUGAUGACACGUUGAAGCGCGGCGACGAGGUAGCUGACGUUCCGUCGGUGGACCAGAACAGCGUGUUGGCAUUCUCGGGCGAACAGAACCGUCCGAUCGAUGAUCUAGGUACGCUUGGCGAUCGGUUCGAAUCUUCCAACGGUGGUACGGACGAUGUGACGACACGGUCCAGCACGACCGAAAGCUAUCGGCAUCACGAAACGGCUAUAAUGAAGAUAUCGCCCAAAGACCCGAACGGUGCCACUGCCGCCACCAACGGCGAAGAUUACGAUCUGAACAGUGCGUCGUCGGACUAUUCGAAGCGCGUGGUCGAACUAACGCUGUCCGGGACGGGCAGUAAGGAUCGGGGCAACUUUAAGUCCGUCAACAAGGGUUUACUGUCGCGCAAGGUGCCAGGUUACUUUACGCUCGCUACCGAGGAUCCCAUUCUACCGAUUGAGGCAUUUUUCCCGCAGGUGAAAAAACCGAGCGGCGGUCUAGCGUGA